CGACACUGAUACCCAGUCCGUACUCGAGAUCGCGCUGGACCCUCAGUCGACUGACUACCGCCGUCCGAUCGGCUCUGCGCACCAUGGUGCAGCUUCGAGGCUCGCUGGCCUCGGCCAUUCUGCUAGCCAUGGCCAUUACCGUAGCGGCCUCGCCGAGGUCUUACCACGGGUAUCGCCUGGUGAACGCCGUGCCCAGGAGCGCCGAGGACGCCGCCGAGCUCCGGGCCCUGGCAACAUGGACGGGGGUGGACAUGUGGAGCCGCAGGGCGGCACCGGGCGCGACGGUGACCUUCAUGGUGGCGCCGGGAGCGGCACAGCGCCGCGUGCUGCAGCGCCUGGAGGAGCUGGGCGUGCCUUACAGCCUCGGCGAGCACGACGUGCAGAGCCUGGUUGAGCGGGAGGCCCGUGACCAGACCAGGAGCCGCGCGCUGCUGCGGGACGACGCAGGCUCAUCCGUCAGAUUCGACACGUACAUGCGCCAUGGGGAGAUUGAGCAGUACCUGGCGGAGCUGGCGGCCAAGUACCCCAAGCUGGUGACGCUGCACUCGGUCGGCAAGAGCUACGAGGGCCGCAACAUGACGGCGAUCCGCGUGUCUCUCGACGGCGGCAACGCGCCCAGGGCCAUCCUCGUGGACGCCGGCAUCCACGCCCGCGAGUGGAUCGCGCCCGCCACCGCGCUCUACCUCAUCAACCGCCUCGUGGAGCACGCCGACGAGCACCAGGCCCUGCUGCAGGGACUCGACUGGUACAUCCUUCCAGUCGUCAACCCAGACGGCUACGAAUACACGCAUACCAAAGUUCGUACCGACAUCACACAUCAUCAUUAUCUUGUUCAGACCCUAUUUUUAACUAAAUAUAGUCGCACCAAUCAAAUUAAGUCAUCUAGACCAAAUUAUUUCAUCACCACGAAUAAAAUUUUAGUCCCAAGAGCUAAAAUUUCGUCGGUUUUGAAUUUGGUUAUAUGGACUAAACGGUCUUCUGGGUGCCGUUUCUGGCGCAAAAACCGGGGGGCGAAACGAGAAACUUGGUUGAAAUGGCUGUGGGACCUGCUAUGCGAGCCCGGCGCGGACCUCAACCGUAACUUCGGCUUCCACUGGAUGCAGAGCGGUGCCAGCUCAUACCCAUGCGCCGAGACCUUUGCGGGCAAGAAGGCCUUUUCCGAGGUGGAGUCGCAGAACCUGCGAGAUUUCGUCCUGAAUGCCAACAAGGACAAACGCUUCAAGAUGUACCUCACCCUUCACAGCUACGGCCCAAUGAUCCUUUACCCGUGGGGCUACGACUACAGGGUUGAGCCCGCACCCGACGCCAAGCAACUGGCUGACAUCGGCAACGAGGCCAACGCUGCCAUGGUGAAGGCCGGCUCGGAGCCCUUCGAGGUGGAGAACAGCGCCGAGCUAUACCCCGCGGCCGGCGGCAGCGACGACUGGGCGAAGGGCGAGGCCGACAUCGCCAAGUCCUACACAAUCGAGUUGCACGGCGGAGGCUCCCAGGGCUUCGACCUGCCCGCGAGCAGGAUCCUCACCUCCGUCCAGCAGACCUUCGAGGGCCUCAAGGUGUUCGCCAGCCACGCACGCGAGCUGUGAGCCGUGCCCGAUGCAGAUUCCAAAAGCAAAUAAAACGACACGAAACGUGCUUUGUGAUCAAUACCCGAUCUCACACGGGAGUGUUUAUUUUCCCCGGCCGACACACAGCAAGACGAGCAGUCACCCCGUUUUCACAGAGUAGCGCCUAUCGCUAGUCCUGGUCACUGGGGAGUGGGGUGGUCGUGCGUCAGCAGCCACGCCGCGGCGAGGCACCCGCCUGCAGCUCAUUGUGAGUACCGCGCCCCGCCAGGCAAACGCCCGGUACCCGAGGCUGCACCGCCCUGUUCCCGCCUCCGUCUGCAUUGUCUGCCGGACUCCGAGCUCGCUAGGCAUGAGGCUGUGGCUGGCCGUCGUGCUGGCCGCGCUGGCGAUGCCCCACCUGGCCCCGCAGAGCCUCGUCGCGGCCGAGUGCUGCUGGCCAGUCGACCCGGUCAAGGGCCUGUGCGCCGACGGCACCAAGGUCAACAUAUUCUCCUGCUGCGGAGUGGGGGCCUGCAACGCGGCCUGCUGCAACUGCGAGAAAGGCUGCAGGAGCGGCUCAGGGGCUGAGAAGAAACGUGCCGAGGAUAAAUAAAUUGUACAGAAUAGACAAAAAACGGGGGAAAUAAAACCCGCCGAGUUCACCCA